AUGCAGACUGCUUCUACAAACAUUUGUGAGAGAUUGUGCAAUAAGUCCAUCUGUGAAAUUUCCUGGCUACUAAAUAUUCCACGGUCAACUGUUAGUGGUAUUCUAACAAAGUUGGAAGCAACUGGGAACAACAGCAACUUAGCCACGAAGUGGUAGGCCAUGUAAGAUGACAGAGCGGGGGUCAACGUAUGCUGAAGCACACAGUGCGCAGAAGUCGCCAACUGUCUGCAGAGUCAGAAGCUGAAAACCUCCAAGCUUCAUGUGGCCUUCAGUUUAGCACAACAGUGCAUAGAGAGCUUCAUGGAAUGGGUUUCCAUGGCCGAGCAGCUGCAUCCAAG